AAAGUUGGUCAUUCGCAAUCAUGACGCGACGGUUGAAGGACAAUAUUCACGCGCUUCACAUUUUAAGCAAAUCUUCGAGCAAAAGAAGAAAGGCAAUUUUAAAGAAUGCUGACAAAGAGCUCGUUACCUGUUUGUGUGAAUGUGCACUGAACGUUUUAAAAGGUCGUGUACCCCUAUCACCAAGCCAGAAGAAGAAAUUGGCGCGACAUAAGGCACAUCUGCGAGCUCUCGCUGACAAGAAAUCUUCUCACGUCAAACGUAAAGAGCUAUUGGUACAGAAAGGAGGAUUUCUGGGACCCCUAUCGCAGAGUAAACUGCAGAAUCUGGAAGAAGACAUGAAAGUCAUCUUGGAAAGAACCGACAUUCCCGAUGACACUAAAGUAUCAUUGUAUCAGCAGACUUUACAAAAAUAUCUGCAAUAUGAUCACGCCCGAAAAACUGAACCCAUGUCUUUUACGAUGUCUACGCCAGCGCAGGGAUCCGGUACGCCAAAAUCAUCGGGAGACGACGUUCCACAGGGCAGCAUAGAAAAUGACGAAGGAACCGUAACUUCAGACAAGCAAGAUGACCUGACACCACAAAUUCUCGAGAGUGUGCCUAAAACUUUACAGCGCAAAGCAAAACUGCUUAUGAAUCAGCUUAAGCAUAAUGACGUCAUGACUUGGAACAAAAAUGGGGAACUUGUAUAUGAAGGGGAUGUCGUAAAGGGUUCAAAUAUUAUUGAUCUUGUCAAUGACACUCUAAGAAGUAAAAAGGGUUUCGUUCCUCGUGGAUUUCAAUAUUUUAUGCGUGGAUUGGCCAAAUCUAACGCGCCCGAGAGUAUUAUCGGUAACGAAGCUCGACGUAGCAUCGUUAGAAAAUAUAAAGAAUUUGGUUCCGAUAAGAAAAGGUUGCUACCCGAUCUUCCUACAUCCCGCACACCGAUUCCAUCUCGAAGGCGACUUAGAGUUGUGUCAACUCCAUUAAGAGCCAAGAAAAAACUGAAUUGGGAAACUUUGUAAAUAUAGUGACGUGUCUGUUUUGAUUGAAAAGGUUUAAUACGUAAACUUUGUAUUGCUUGCAUUUCAUGUAUGUUAUCAGUAGUUGAAGGGUAUUUUUGUGUGAUGUUAAGAAAAACAAAUGUACAAAAAACAAAAUGUAGACUUGAAAAAAAAAGAAAUUCUUUGUAAUUAAUAAACGUUUUAUUCAUAAGCAAUAAAUAAUGGAACAAAUGUUAAGAGGAAACA